UUUUGCUUUCUUAAAGAUAUUUUGAAAGUUGUUAGUAAUGGCACUAGCAAAUAAAAUCAUGGCUAAUUCUAACUCGUUGAUUGAUAAAUCAUUGUUUUUUGGUUUAAAAAACCAUAGUCAGUUUUGUGUAAAUCCUGUUUUUGCUAAACUUGAUUACAAAAGGAAGUUGAAUGGUUCAAGUAAUCAUCAGUUAAGAACAACAAGGAGAAGGAGUCCGGUUGUGGCGGCAAUAAGUGAAGAUUUGGUCAAACUUGUUAGAGUUGAGAAACCAGUUACUUUUAACGUUAGAGCUGUGUUGACUGUUAGAAACAAGAUUAAGGAAGAUUUCAAGGACACAAUUUUAAAGAAAAUUGAUGCUUUUACUGAUCAGAUUGGGAGAAACGUGGAAAUUCAGCUUUAUAGCAUUAAUAUUGAUCCGAAAACAAGAGGUCCAAAGAAAAGCAAGGAAGCUGUGUUAAAAGAUUGGUCAAGGAAGUCAAACCUUAAAAGUGAAAGGGUUAAUUACACAGCUGAUAUAUUGGUGGAUUCUGAAUUUGGAAUCCCUGGAGCUAUCACUAUUUCAAAUAAGCACCAGAAAGAGUUUUUCUUGGAAAGUAUUACCAUUGAAGGAUUUGCAUGUGGCCCUGUUCAUUUCCCUUGUAAUUCUUGGGUUCAAUCUACUAAAGAUCAUCCUAAGCCCAGGAUAUUUUUCUCUAAUAAGCCCUAUUUACCUGAUGAGACACCAUUGGGGCUGAAGUCUUUAAGAGAUCAGGAGCUUAAAGAUUUAAGGGGUGAUGGCAAAGGGGUCAGGAAGUUGUCGGAUCGAAUAUAUGAUUAUGAUGUUUACAAUGAUCUGGGUAACCCUGACAGAGGAAAUGACUUUGUUAGGCCUUCACUUGGAGGUGAUAAAAUCCCAUAUCCAAGAAGAUGUCGAACUGGACGUGUACCAAGCGAUACUGACAUAUCAUCAGAGAGUCGGGUGGAGAAGCCAUUGCCCAUGUAUGUUCCACGAGAUGAACAAUUUGAGGAAUCAAAGGCAAAUGCAUUUUCAACAGGGCGGUUGAAAGCAGUGCUACACAAUCUAUUGCCAUCAAUGGUGGCAAACAUAUCUAAGAAACAUGACUUCAAGGGAUUCUCACAGAUCGAGAGUCUUUACAGUGAAGGACUUUUUUUGAAAUUGGGCCUUCAAGAUGAUCUCAUAAAGAAGCUUCCAUUACCCAACUUGGUAACUAGGCUACAUGAAUCUAGCCAGGGUGGUGGCCUUCUCAAAUAUGAUACCCCAAAGAUUCUUUCCAAGGACAAAUUCUCUUGGUUACGAGAUGAUGAAUUUGCCCGCCAAGCCAUUGCUGGGGUGAAUCCUGUCAGCAUAGAGAAGCUUCAGGUUUUCCCACCAGUGAGUCAACUAGACCCUGAAAAGUACGGCCCUAAAGAGUCUGCUCUGCGAGACGAACACAUUGAGGGCUAUCUCAACGGGUUGACAGUACAACAGGCGAUUGAGGAAGAUAAGCUAUUUAUAAUAGACUACCAUGACAUAUACCUUCCAUUUCUGGAUCGAAUAAAUGCACUUGAUGGACGUAAAGCAUAUGCAACACGGACUAUAUUUUACUUGAACCCAUCUGGCACUCUUAUGCCUGUUGCAAUUGAACUUAGCCUACCACAAGGAGUUCCUGGAUCGGAUUCAAAGCGUGUAGUCACACCACCUGCCGAUGCCACAAGCAACUGGAUGUGGCAACUAGCCAAAGCCCAUGUAUGUUCAAACGAUGCUGGUGUUCACCAAUUGGUCCACCACUGGUUACGGACUCAUGCAUCUAUGGAGCCCUUUAUAUUGGCUGCACAUAGGCAAUUGAGUGCAAUGCACCCGAUAUACAAGCUUUUGGAUCCACACAUGAGAUAUACACUGGAGAUUAAUCAAUUGGCUCGCCAGAACUUGAUCAAUGCUGAUGGGGUAAUAGAGGCAUGCUUCACUCCUGGACGCUAUUGUAUGGAGAUCAGUGCUGCUGCUUACAAGAAUUGGCGUUUUGAUUUAGAGGGUCUUCCAGCUGAUCUUAUUAGAAGAGGUAUGGCGGUUCCAGACCCAAGCAAGCCACAUGGUCUAAAGCUUUUGAUAGAAGACUACCCAUAUGCAGCAGAUGGGCUCAUGAUCUGGGAUGCCAUUCAGAACUGGGUUCGAACUUAUGUGAACCGAUACUACCCAGACUCGGCCCAUGUAUGCAACGACAGGGAGCUACAAGCAUGGUAUGCAGAGUCCAUCAAUGUAGGCCAUGCUGAUCUCCGCCACAAGGACUGGUGGCCAACUUUGGCUAGUGCAGAUGAUCUCACUUCUAUUCUAACAACCAUCAUAUGGCUCGCUUCAGCUCAACAUGCAGCACUUAACUUUGGUCAGUACCCAUAUGGUGGCUAUGUGCCAAACAGGCCACCACUAACCCGCAGGCUACUACCAGAUGAAAAUGACCCGGAAUACAUGAGUUUCCAUGAUGACCCACAAAAAUACUUUUUAUCUGCUUUACCCUCCUUACUACAAUCAACAAAAUACAUGGCCGUGGUGGACACAUUGUCUACUCACUCCCCAGAUGAAGAGUACAUCGGGGAGAGACAACAAACCGACACAUGGUCUGGUGAUGCCGAGAUCGUGGAAGCAUUCUACGGGUUUUCAGCUGAAAUUCAACGUAUCGAAAGGGAAAUUGAAAGAAGGAACAGUGACACAAGGUUAAAGAAUAGGUGUGGUGCUGGGGUGUUGCCAUAUGAACUUCUUGCACCAAGUUCUGAGGCUGGAGUAACAUGCAGAGGUGUUCCAAACAGCGUGUCUAUAUAAUGAUUGAGCAUCAUCAAUUAGGAUCAAUUUUUGUUAAACCCAUGAAAGUUGUUUGGGAUACAACUAGUGUUAGCAUUAGUUGUCAAUAUGUCUUUAGUAGAUUGCAUAUACUGCAUGUAAUGUAAAUUUAGGUACUUAGAUGCACAUUUUGUGUGUAAUACUAGCUUGAAUAAUCCUGCUAUAAUGAAAUAAAUUAAAAAUGGUGAA